GGCCAGCACUGUAUCAUUUUAUCCCAUUUCUAUUUCCCUUACCCUAACAACUCCUAAAUUUCGCCAUUCAGGGGUUUUCUUUCGUAUACUCAUCCAUUUAUCCUCAUCACCAUCAAGACCACUCCUCAUCUCCUCUCCGCCAGACAUCGAUAGAUAGAUAUCCGGAUACCUCCCCUCUCAAACUGCAAAAAUGGGAUCAGAUCCCCAGUACGCUUCCUAUCCGAACCUACUUCUCUCACAGCACAUAUUCACCCUCCGCACCCCCUCGCUAUCCGCCUACCACCCCGCCGCAAACAAGGCCCUCACCGCAUCCAUCAAGGAAGCUUCUCAGGCCCCUCUCUAUCGAUACCUUGCCCAUCCUGCUGAUGGAAUACUGUCCAGUGAGAUUGUUUGGGACGAGGGGUACUAUGAAGAGUUGAAGAAGGGCAACGAUAAAGAAUUGGAGGUGCUCGACACGGAGAUCAAGGAGAGUGAUGAGAAGGCGGGAGAGUCGGAGGUUGUGGAGGCUAUGGGGAAGAAGGCCGAGUUUUUUGCCAGGGUUGUGGAUAAGGUUGGUCCUUUUCCUCAGCCAUGGGGAGGGUUCGCUGUGAGCUGGGAUUGGUUUGGGGUUGAGAGUUGACCAUUGGGAUUAGGAGAGAGCUCUUGCUGCGUAUGAAGAACUCUACACCAAGACUCCGACUCUAGGUGCAAAGAUCGAUAUCGUCCUUGCCAUUAUCCGUAUGGAGAUGUUGUACGAUGAUAAGGCUGGGGUUAAGAAGAGCGUUGAGCGUGCUAGACGGUAUGUUUAGAUAUAGGUGUUGCUAAAUUGCUGGGAGCUAUAACUGAUCGCGACAGCCUCAUUGAUACCGGUGGGGAUUGGGAUCGCCGCAAUCGCCUAAAGUCUUACACGGGAUUGCAUCUGCUUUCUUGUCGCCAGUAUGCCGAGGCCGCACCACUACUCCUCGACUCCCUGUCUACCUUUACAUCGACAGAAAUAUGCUCUUACUCUACACUCGUCCUCUACGCUGUUCUUGCUGGCACAAUCUCUCUCAAUCGUGUUGAUUUUAAGGCCAAGGUUAUCGAUUCGGCGGAGGUGCUUGCUGUCCUGGGUUCUAGGAGUGGAGGCGCAGUUUCUGCGGGAGACGUUGAGAUGAUAGGUGCUGAGACGGAGGAUACCGAGGGUUACUCUUCGCUGGAAAGCCUGGUCAACAGCCUAUAUCUCUGCGAGUACAAGAGCUUUUUUGUUGCGCUUGCGGACGUAGAAGAGCUCUUCUUGAGCAGGGAUCGCAUUCUGGCCGAGCAUAAAGCCUGGUGUGCUCAUUGUACCCCCAGAGUGGACUUGCGGUAAGCUAACAAACACCAGGUACGUCCGCGAAAUGAGGCGAAGAGCCUACGCCCAACUCCUAGAGUCUUACCGCGUCGUUGGCUUGGAAAGCAUGGCGAACGCCUUUGGCGUAUCAGUAGAAUGGCUGGACCGAGAUCUCUCCAAGUUCAUCCCUUCGAAAAAGCUAAACUGCACGAUCGACCGUGUCAACGGCGUCAUCGAGACAAAUCGUCCCGACGACAAGAACCGCCAGUACCAGGACGUUGUCAAGCAGGGCGAUCAGCUCCUCACGAAACUGCAGAAGUUUGGUCAGGCGGUUAGAUUGCGGGGGAGUGAAAGGGCUUGAAUGUGGUUGCUUGAUUAGUUAGUUAGACAGCGGGGCUCUGCGUUAAGCGGUAGUGAUCCUCUGGCGGUCAAAAAUAUUAUUAAAUAAAUGGGGAUGUGUAUUGCUACUGGGUAAUCCGCGGUUUUGCAUUGGCGGUGGUUAUGAUGUGUGGGGUUACCGAUUCCCGUUGUCUGUGGGUGGUUUGCGCCUGAUAUCUUCGAUCUUGCAGGUUGAGCGCAGCGCUGUGGAUCUAAUAUGGCAUAUGGAUUGCUCUUCCUGCCGUCGGGAUUUUGCUUCCCAUGAAAUCUUUAUCUAGAGGGGGAACCGCAUUGUAAAAAUAAAAAUAAAAACCCCUAGCCGGAAUUGGAGAUAUCGUCACAGGCAGUCACUCGGGCGUAAAUCCGGACUCGUGUCGAAAGUAAUAUCUCCAUGUAGAUCGUA